UCUGGAUGGCAUCCCUUCCUUCUGUUGUGCCAACUUCACAUUCAGCUUAGUGUCAUCAGGAGACACGCAUGUUCAAUUCCACUGACAGUGUCACUGAUGAAGGUCUUGAAACGCACAGGUCCUAAGAUGGACUCCUGGGGCAUUAGAGGCAAUCCUGGCCUUGCAGCCUCCAGCAGAUCCCCUGCUCUAGCCUGCUCUCUCCUGGCCACUAGAGGAGCUGGGAGGGCUGCCAGAAGGGGAUCUCUGCCUGAAAGGGAGCAGGAAGAAAAGCAUGCAGCCCUGGAGCAUUAUUUCCCACCAGUGGCAUGGUCCCUGGAGUUGUGUACCUUUAGUCUGAAGAGCUCUGUGGUCAUCUUGGAUGGAACCAACACAGUCUUCAGUGAGGUCAAUCUCUGUUCUAAAUAUCCCAAAGCCUUAGGAGGAGCAAAAGGAUCCGUCUCCAUCUGGCCUUGGUCUCAAAACUGAAGGAGAGAAUGGAAUUCCUGUUAAGAUUCUGUCUUGAAAAUAAAUCACCUCUUCUGUCGUUGAAAAUGGGCAAAGCAAUAAAUAAGUAACUAAAUAAAUGAGCCACUUGAGGGCAGCACUGCUCCAGCAAACAGGCAGUGCUGCUCAGAACUUGAACUACUUUAGGAGGCACGUCCCCAGGCACGUCCUCGCACUUACACAGAGCAGCACAUAGUCUCUGUCCAUCAAAAGCAUGCCAGUUGCCUCUUGCUCUCAGAAACAGGUCUGGAUUUUGGACCUCUAAGACCAUCCAGUUCAACCCCAGCCCAUCCCCCCUGUGCCAGCUGACCACAGCCCCCAGUGCCACAUGUCUGUGUUUCCUGAACGCCUCCAGGGACAGUGACACCACCAGCUCCCUGGGCAGCCUGUGCCGCUGCAUCACUGCUCUUUCUGAGAUUAACUUUUUCCUGGUAUCCAACCUAAGAUCGACUUCUGCACUACCCUUAAGCUACUGGGAUGUGGCCUUUUGUUCAGGGAGACAAAAAGAUCUUUGCCAAAAGCAGCCAUGAGCCAUUUGCAGGUAGUGAUCAGCAAAUCUGCAGUAGCAACAAGUAGGAAAAUAACUGCGUGGGGCUGCUGUCUGCAUACAGAGGAAGGAUUUUUGCACGUUUGUGUUUUAGUCAACUAAUGCAUUUAUUUAUUAAUUCCUUUCUCAUUUACGCACUUUCAUUUCCCGCUUAUCAACUGCAAAUGUAAAGUCUCAAGGUUACCAAUUGAUUCUGCUUUAUAAGACCACAGGGAGGCAGAAACAAUCCUCCUGUUUUGUGGAUGGGAAAAUCCAGGUUGCCCAAGGUCACAGGGAAAGUCUGAGGCAGGAGCUCAGUCCAGCCUUUCUAAACCUCAUUUUAAUAGCUUCCCUUCCAAUUUAUGUGCUUCUCUCUAGAAUAAAGUCUUCAUUAAAAUAAAGGUGGUUUUGUUUUCGAUUCAUACCUUUCACUUUGUCCUGCAAGUCAGUACGUGUGGGAAUCCCAUCUAUACCCUACAUAUGUAUAAGAUCAGUAUAGGUUACAUUGCAAUUGACAACCAGGACUGUUCCCAAAGCAGUAUAUUCCACUAAGAAAGCAGCCACGAACAUUCUGGAUACUUGCCCAAGAGUAGUAUCCAAAUCGUAUCUGCUCAGAUUUCAUGCCCACAGCUUGCUCUGACAGUACGCAGCCCACUUCUUCUCACUUACUGUCAAAUCAUUGUAUCUUCAGUCAGGAACCAUGUUGUUGCUCGUUUAGUACACAGAAAUGAAGCAAAUGAAGUUCUCGUACUUUUCCCUAUGGCUCACAUGAUCACUAUAAGAUUACCCUUCCACAUCCCAGCAGUUAGCAUUACAAAAUAAGAGGGCACUAGCUAAGUAACACGUUUCCAAUGCUACCGUGGAGUCUCAAAAAGCAGUAACAUUUUUUUUCCAGAACCAUAGCAGUUAAAUUGGCACCAUAAAGGCCUCGAAAAAUAUUUACUCUGCGAAGUCAGUGUCGGGUUCCAUGGACUUGGCAGGAUGAGUCCCACGAAAGCAGGCUGUUGCUGCAUGCCAUGCAUGCCACACAUGGCAUGGAAAAAGCUUCUCUCCGCUGCUAUCACAUAUGGACUGUAAACACUCACUGCUCUUACAAACACUGCAAAAUGAGAAGGCAGUUCCUGGGCAGUAUUCACUCCAAGCCAUUUGUUUUUUUCCCAUGGGGUUUUGGUCCCUGUCUUCUUACAACCAAAAAAAAGCCAUCCAAACAAUGAUGCCAACAUCACGGUGGCUUGAAAAGCUCAGUGAAGAGAGGAAUAAUUCAUAGAAGUUUUAAAAUGAAAGAAUUCAUUUUUCAUGAGCACAGGUUUUUCUGUAAUAUUAAGCACUACUUUUGCCUUGUUUGCUGCAAAAUAGACCAAUCUAAGUAUUUUAAAUCAUUCAUCAGAGGAAGGGUAAAACCUUAUUCUUUCUUCCUUUCUCACGUUGUCUUCCAGUGGGAAAUUCCAAGGUAUUUCUCUUUGCAAUAACAAUCUUCAUGUGCCUAAAAUAAAGCAGACAUCCAUUCAAUUUCCCAGGCAGAGCUGGAAAGAACCACAGCUUUCCAUGAAGGGCUGAGCUGAGAAGAAGCCAAGAGACUAAAGGACUAAGCCAGGAUGUACCUGGGGAUUUUGCUCUGAAGUGCAUCCCAGCGUGACACAUUUGGCAGCUCAAAGAGGCUCUUAUCUCUGCCCUGGCCCCUGCUGCCUUCAAAGCAUGUGGUAAUGGCCCAGGCGCCUGGCAGAGUAAAUAACCAGCCCCAAACCUUUCCACCUACACACAAACCUUGGGUCAGAGGUGCUUCAAGGAGCCAACACUAAUGAAUGGGAAAACACAUUCCUCUUCCUGUAGAUACCUUUGUUUCCAUGGCUCUUCUUUUUCUGCGCCAUGGUCCUGCUGCAUAUAAAACAGAGCCCUUGGCUCAGUCCCUUCUCCAGGGGCUGGAAGAAUCAAGGUUCUCCAUGCGCUGGGCAGACCUGCUCAUCCUUCUCCCUGCAGCCUGGUACCAGCUGGCAGCUUUCCUCUUCGCUGCUCUCUUCCAUUACCUCUGUGCUUUGGGGCACCUCUCUCUGAUUUCCCGGUACAUCUUCCUCCUUGCUGGAGGAUGCCUCCUUGCAGGCACAGCCAUGGGAGGUUAUGCCUUGCUGCUUCUCAUCCCGGCUGUCAGCUCUGUGCUCAUACUCCUCUUGGUCAGCCCAACUUAUGUCCAUACCUGGGUCUUCAGCCUCCAGAUGUGCUGGCAGACACUCUGUCACCUGGGCCUGGGCAGCCUGAUGCUGGAACCACAGGACACCAGGCCAGCUGUCACCCUCUCUGCAAUCAUGCUGCUCACUCAGAAGGUGACUUCUCUGUCCCUGGACAUCCACGAAGGGACCGUGCUGCCCAAGCCUGGCCAGGGGCUGUUGCAGAGAGCCUUGCCCCUGUGCAGCUACCUGCUCUCCUUCCCAGCCCUCCUUGGAGGCCCGCUGUGCUCCUUCAGCAAGUUUCAGGCUCAGGUCAUGUCUCUGGGGGCUGUCCCCUGCCCGCUGCGGGCUGUGGGCUGGAGGUACCUCGGGGUGCUGGUGCUGCAGGUGCUGCGUGCAUGGCUGGAAGGCUGGCUGCCCCACACGCAGGGCUGGGCCAGCUUGGGCCACAUGUGGGCACAGGCCCUGCUCUUCAGACUGGCAUACUACUCGCAAUGGGUGCUGGAUGAGGCCCUCCUGGAGGCAGCAGGUUUGGGGGCAGCGGUGGAGCAGGGAGACCUUUCUGUCCAUGACCUUUGGACGCUGGAGACCACACAUCGCCUGGCUGUCUUCUCCAGAACGUGGAACAAGAGUACAUCCCUCUGGCUGAGGAGGCUGGUCUUCCAGCGCUGCCCAGCUCAGCCACUCCUUGCCACUUUUGCCUUCUCUGCAUGGUGGCAUGGCCUUCGGCCGGGGCAAAUCUUUGGUUUUCUAUGCUGGGCCAUCAUGGUAGAGGCUGACUAUCGCAUCCACCCCUUCCUCAGCUCCUGGGCCACCUCCUGUGUCACAAAGCUCCUCUACCGUGGCACAACCUGGGUCUUCACACAACUCAUCAUUGCCUACAUCCAGAUGGCUGUGGAGACAGAGAACUUCUCCAUGCUCUGUCUGCUCUGGGCUUCCUACAACAGUAUACUUCCCCUCACUUAUGGCCUUGUGCUGAUGCUCCUGCUGCUUACUCAGAAGCCAAAGCAAAACUGAGUCUGUCCUGGGUUAACUCAACUAGCUGGCUAG